AUGGCCCCCAGCGCGGCGGAUACCAGCCUCUGCACAACUCCGUCUUGCAUCUUCAUUGCUUCCGAUAUCCUCGGAAAUCUAGCUCUGAACUACACCCAGAUUGAUCCCUGCGAAGACAUUGGACGGUAUGCUUGUGGUAACUUUGCCGCUCGUAAUGGAAUUCCUGCAGGCGAAACAUCUCUUAACAGCCUCGGGCUUGCCGGCGAACAGGUCUCUCUAGCUGCGAGACGAAUCCUUGAGAACCCAUAUCCUACGGGUGAAGAUGCUGGCUACAUCACGGUCAACUUGACCAAGGCACAGUCCAAGGUGGACAAGGAGAACUUUGCCAAGAUACAAGAUGCAUACCAAGUCUGCACUAAUUACACUGCCCUCGAGGAGGAGGGUCUCGAUAAUCUGGCAGCCGUCGUGAAAGACGUCGUCAGUUUAUUUCCUGCUACCCCUGCCUCGGGUCAGACAUAUGGAAAAACUCACGAUCAUUCUGCUGCGUUGGGAAACACUCUGGCUUAUUUCGAGAGUGUCGGCAUCGAGACGCUCCAACGUUUCAUCAUGACAAAGAAUAAAGUUAAUCCUGUCGAGGUCAAACUUGCUCUCAUCCCACUGCAAGUAUCGGACUUAGAUACUCCAUCCACCGAGGAGGACCUUCGAGAGUAUGUCAAGAUCGCUUCCGAGCUUAUUGCCGCCGUGUAUCCUUCCAAGCUCAGUAUCACGUCUGCUGUCAAGCUAGUGAAUUCUCUUUUGGCGUUUCAAGAAAGACUCAAGGCUGCCUAUCAAUGGAGUCAGGAAGUAGAACCUCCGCAAGCCGAGCUACCCAUCGCUGUGGGAAAGAAGUUCGCUCCUCAGUUGAACUACGAAUACGUGGUGAAGCAGCUAGCCCCUGAGGGCUGGACGGAUGCCUUGCUGGUCCAGAACCCCAGCUACUUCAAGAAUGUAUCCGAGAUCGUCUCCAAUACCCCAGCGGAAACCCUUCAGGCAUACUUUGUUUGGAAAAUCAUCAUCUCAUUAUCGCCUUACGUCGAGUCUGACUUGACAAACGCCUACAAUGAUCUUUACCUCAAGAUCAACAACAAAGACGCGGAAAAUCCUACCCCUCGCUGGAAGCGUUGUGUCAAUUUCAUAGACUACGGUGUCGAUUGGGUUUACAACUCUGAGUUUGCCAUGACAACAGUUGGCCCAACUGGUCUGACAUGGAUCCUCUCGCGCUUCUUCGUGGAGAAGCACUUUGAUCCCAGGGCGAUCAAACUGACUUCGGAGCUCGUCGACUCUAUCAAGGGCUCCUUCGCUGAGCGUAUUGAGACGCGAGAAUGGGCAACCUCCAACGUCAAGAAGGCUGUUAUUGAGAAGCUCGAGGCUAUGGAGAAGUUGAUUGGACUUCCCACCGACCCCAACGUGGUAGACCCAAUUGCUCUUCAGAACUACUACGCCGACAUUGAGGUCAAGUCAUCACUUGCUGUCAACGCCCUUGCCUUUGCCAAGUCGAGAGUCGCCAAGAAGUGGGCGGCGCUUGGUAAACCAUACAACAGAGGACAAUUCGACUUAAGUACCUUGAGUACCAAUGCGUACCAUGCCCCCUCUUUGAACCAGAUCGUUCUCUUGGCUGGAUUCCAGCAGUUCCCUCUUUAUGAUGUAGACUUUCCCUCCUAUCUUCUGUACGGCGGUAUGGGUAGCGUUGUUGGUCAUGAAAUUACACACGGUUUUGAUAACAAUGGACGCCAGUUUGAUAAGGCUGGCAAUAAGACAAUCUGGUGGGAUGAGGAGUCCACUGAAGCGUUCAUCAACAAGUCCAAGUGUUUUGUUGAGCAGUACGACAAUUAUACUGUCAUCGCACCCAACGGUACCAAGGUUCACGUCAACGGCGAGCUCACGCUAGGUGAGAAUAUUGCUGAUGCCGGAGGCAUCGUAUCUAGCUUUGAAGCUUGGAAGAAGUGGGAGAGCGAUAAAGGCAAGGCAAAGAACCUUCCAGGUCUCCAUGACUUUACCCACGAGCAACUGUUCUUCCUCAAAUGGGGCCAGACGUGGUGCUCCAACACCCCACCUGAGACGGCGCUCAAGAAAAUGAGGACAAACGUCCACAGCCCAGAAUCUGCUAGAGUCAUGCUGCCUUUGAAGAAUGUGAAGGGAUUCAACGAGGCAUUUAACUGCCCAAAGAAGGAACCUGUUUGUGAGCUUUGGUGA